UCCUGUUUUCUUGCAGCGUGUGUAAACGAGACUGAAAGAAACAGGAAAUAUCGCUGCUGAAGAAUCUAGUUCAUAUUGAACGACAAACAUGGCGAGAAAUGCUGAGAAGGCCAUGACGGCCUUGGCUCGAUUUCGCCAGGCCCAGAUGGAGGAAGGAAGAGUAAAGGAAAGAAGACCUUUUCUUGCAUCAGAGUGUAAUGAGUUACCAAAAGCAGAAAAAUGGAGAAGACAGAUCAUCAGCGAAAUUUCCAAGAAAGUUGCUCAGAUUCAAAAUGCUGGCUUAGGUGAAUUUAAGAUCCGGGACCUUAAUGAUGAAAUCAACAAGCUUCUUCGAGAGAAAGGACACUGGGAGGUUCGGAUUAAAGAACUGGGUGGUCCUGAUUAUGGGAGAGUUGGGCCGAAGAUGUUAGACCAUGAAGGCAAAGAAGUGCCUGGAAACCGGGGUUAUAAAUACUUUGGAGCUGCCAAAGACCUGCCUGGAGUCAGAGAGCUGUUUGAGAAAGAGCCUGUUCCACCCCCAAGAAAGACUCGGGCUGAGCUGAUGAAGGAUGUUGAUGCAGAAUACUAUGGUUACAGGGAUGAAGACGAUGGUGUUCUGGUGCCUUUAGAGCAGGAAUAUGAAAAACAAGUCAUAACGGAGGCAGCUGAGAAAUGGAAAGCAGAAAGAGAGGCACGUCUGGCUGGAGGAGGAGCGGGAGAAAAGGAGGAAGAAGAGGAGGAAUAUAUUUACGCUGUUCAGGAUGAGGAGCAUUCUGAUGAAGAAAUGGGAGAGCAACUGGAAGGAGAGGAAGGAUCACAGACAUUUAUAGCCCAUGUUCCAGUGCCCUCACAGAAAGAGAUUGAAGAAGCCUUGGUAAGGAGGAAGAAGAUGGAACUGUUGCAGAAAUAUGCCAGUGAAGCUUUGAUGGCACAAAGCGAAGAGGCCAGAACACUUCUAGGACUAUAGCAUGAGCUACAAAAUAUAAGGGAUAAACAAAUUAACCUUUGCAAAUCUUCCUUGUAUCAAUAUUAUCAUUAGAUCUAAAGCAGACAUUUCAAGAACUGAGCAAGUGUUACUUGUUUUUUAUUUCCCACAAGGGGAAGUAGUUUCAGUAUGUUUCUAUUUGAUGCCCAACAGCCGAAAAUGUCUUUAUAUAUAUAAUGAUGUAACUGCCCAUAAAAUUGUUUGUUGCUAAGGCACAGACAUCACUGUUGAUAAUAUUGUGAUGUUAAACAUUGAACAAAAUACACUGUAAAUAACUUUUUUUAAA